ACACUCACUUAUAUUUGUUCUCUGCAGAUCAAUGUCCGUGUCAACACAAUGGACAGCGAGCUGGAAUUUGCAAUCCAGUCGGCUGCAACAGGCAAACAGCUCUUUGAGCAGGUGGUUAAGUUGGUGGGUUUGCGUGAGGUCUGCUUCUUUGGCCUGCAGUACACAGACACCAAAGGCUUUCUGACAUGGCUGAACCUGGACGACAAGGUGUCCUCUCAAGAGGUGAAGGAAGAAAACCCUCUGCAGUUUGAGCUUCGGGCCAAGUACUACCCUGAAGAGGUGUCUGAGGAGCUGAUUCAGGACAUUACGAAAAAGCUUUUCUUCCUGCAGGUGAAGGAAAGCAUCUUGAGCGAUGAGAUCUACUGCCCCUCAGAGACAGCUGUUCUGCUGGCCUCCUAUUCUGUUCAGGCCAAGUUUGGAGACCACUCACCAGAAGCCCACAGACCUGGAUACCUAACGAGUGAGCGGCUUCUGCCUCAGAGAGUGCUUGACCAGCACGAAUUUUCUGAAGAACAAUGGGAGGAGAGGAUCCAGAUUUGGCACGAGGAACAUAGAGGCAUGCUCAAGGAAGAUGCCAUGCUGGAGUAUCUAAAGAUCUCACAGGAUUUGGAAAUGUAUGGCGUCAACUAUUUUGACAUCAAGAACAAGAAAGGAACAGACCUGUGGUUAGGCGUAGAUGCUUUGGGACUUUACAUCUAUGGAAAAGAGGAGAGGUUGACUCCAAAGAUUGGAUUCCCUUGGAGUGAAAUAAGCAACGUUUCAUUUGAUGACAAGAAGUUCAUAAUCAAACCCAUUGACAGAAAAGCUCCUGACUUUGUGUUCUGUGCGUCUCGUCAGUGUAUGAACAAGCACAUCGUGGAGCUGUGCAUGGGAAACCAUGAACUUUACUUGCAGCGCAGGGAAGCUGAUACCACUGAGGUGCAGCAAAUGACGGCUCAAGCCAGAGAGGAGAAACAGCAGAGACAGAUGGAGAGAGCCGUGUUGGAAAUGGAGGAAGGGGAAAUGGAGGCAAUGGAGAAAGAAAAGGAGCGGGUGGAGAUAGAGAAACUUCACCAGUUUGAAGAGCAGUCCAAUACGUUUGAGAGAGAUCUGAAAGAGCAGUUUGAGAGCCCACGCAUACUGAAGGAAGACAGAGAGCGGGUCGAGGAGGAAGCUGAGAGACAGGAGGCGCUGAUGGAUGAAGAACAACUGGCCAGGCAAGAUGAGGACCAGAUGAAAACUCAGGAGCAGCUAGCAGCAGAACUGGACGAAUACACUGCAAAGACUGCCUUGCUGGAGGAAGCCAGGAGAAUCGAAGAAGAAGAAGCCAGUGAAUGGCAGAACAGUGCUGAAGAGCUACAGGACGAUCUGGAAAAGACCCGUGAGGGCUUGCAGCACGUUAUGUCGUCCCCUGUGGCAGAUGCCCCCAUGGCUGCACCCAUGUCCCGUACCAUGAUGGAGGAACCCUUAGGGAACUAUAAUGAUGAUCAAGAGGAGAACAACAGCAUCUACAGUGCUGAGCUCCAUGUGGAGGCCAUAGAGGACCACCUUAAUGAGCAGGAGCACAUCUCAGAGGCAGAGAAGAACGAGCACAUACAGAAACAGCUCAUGGCCCUGAACUCUGAGCUGGCAGAGGCCCAAGAUGACACUAAGAAGACUAAGAACGACGUUCUGCACAAAGAAAUUGUAAAAGCCGGGAGGGACAAGUACAAUACGCUGCGUCAGAUACGCAUUGGCAGCACCAAGCAGAGAAUAGAUGAGUUUGAAACCUUGUAAUGGCUGAUAAAUUCUCCAAUUAACUUGCCACAAAUGGCCUCACUUUAUCUUUGCCAUUGAAAAGACUGGAUUAUUUAUACAGUCUGUACACACUACACAGGUAAUGUAGUUCUUAUUUCUGAAAGAUAUGGAAAACACUCUUAUUCAAGGCACUAAAAUGAUAUGUGUGUGCUGCCUUGAGAACACUCUUGAGAUCUUAUUUAUGCUGACUGUGCCAAAGGCUUUGGCUUGUCAUCUUUUAUGGGAACCUUUUAAUUAGUGCUACCUUAAGAUCUUUUGCAUUGAAAAUGAAUGUGGAGCAGCAUUAUGGUUUUAUGUUUAAAAAGGCAGAAAAACAAAAAAAGUGCAAAUAUAUAAUGAUAGAGAAUUAUGGAUAAUUAUCUAAAACAUGAAUAUGAUCAAAUAGUGGCCAUAACAAACA